ACUCUAGCUCCACCUUCUUCUCGCCAAUCAUGGCAGCCCUGUAUGAGGGAUACACGUUGUGCGGAUUAAUCCCCGAUCAAAGUAACUCCAGUUCGGGUAUCGAUGGCAUCGAAGAGGAACGAGACAGCGACCACGUGAUUGUCACUGACUCCAACAGAUCGGUGACUCUGUACAAGGUGUCAGACCAGAAGCCACUGGGCAGCUGGACAGUAAAACAAGGACAAACCCUGACCUGCUCAGCAGUUUUCAACUCAAUAACCAACGAAUAUGUGGUUGUGUCUGACCACAAGGUAAUUAGGAUUUGGAAGGAAGGAGAUCUCGUAUUAGACAAGACCUUUAAAGCAACCGUGAAAGCAGACAUUUGGAAGGUGCACUGUGCUGCUGGCGGACAGCCCGUGGUCCUGUUUCGGAGAGGAGCGGUCAGACACCUGGAGGAUCUGCUCAGUGCUCCCCAGCAGCCAAUAGAGGAUGUCUUGGCUGAAGAUGAAGCAAUCAGGUGGAGCACCUCCAUUGUAGUGGAGGCUCAACAGUUUGUCCUCUUCACAACUGAACUGGGAGGAGAAAACUUCUUCUACCUGCAGAGGCUGAACCCAAAUUCUCUACACAAGUACCACCUGGAGAGAGAGGAGCCCGGCCUUCUCCCGCUCAGUGUCUCUGCCUCCUACAAGGACGAACACAUCAGUCUGCUUUGUCUAUACCCUAACGGCUUUCUGUACCGAAGCCUCAUCUCGGUGCGGGGCCCGGCGCUCGAUGGGGCGGCCCAGGCUCCUCUGCCGCUGCCACGGAGCCGGGUGAUGAGUCUUCCCGUCGGCGAGGGUCUGUUGAAAGCUGCAUCCGUCCUUUUCCUGGAUGAUUCCCACAUUGCUGCCGUGGGGGCACAUCACCCUUCUGCCGGAGCCGACUUUCUUUGCAUAUGGAACAUCAAUUUUCAGACCCUUCAAGCUGGAAAAGAAAUGGGGGGUAAAAUUUACGGACAGCUGUGGAGCUAUUCAAACAAGUUCUUCAUCCCGCAUGGAAAGCGGCUCUCGGUCAUUCCAUUCUCAUGCCACAAAUCCUCUCUGGCCUCUGCUCUGGGAAAACUAAGGCAAACCAGGCCUGAAGAGUCCAAAUGUCCGACUUUUGUGCCGUCUUGGAACAAUGCCCUCCACGAAGAGAAAGCUCAACUCUCGAAAACAGGGGAGACCAGGAAGACGAGAUCGACUCGUAAAACGCAGCCAUCAGUUAGCCUAACAGCUGAGCAGGUGCUAGAACUCAUUAAGACGGCACCAGUGGAGGAGGUCCAAAAGGAGGUGGAGGAACUCCUGUCCAGGCAAGACGUCCAGGAUCUCCAGCUCCAGCUGGGAAAGCUGGUAUCCAUCCUCGUCUGUCGGAGCCAGGCCGAUCCAAAGUUCUACACACACGGCACGUUUGUGCAGCUGGUGGAAAGCAAGUUCCUCUGCCACAGUGUGUGUCCUGACCUUCUGCCCUUGGCCCUGGAGAGGAAAGAUUACUUCUUGUGUCAAAUUUGCUUGCUGUUUUUCCCGGACAUCCCAGAAGCGCUCACCUGCAGCUGCCUCAAAGCAUUCAUCUGUUUACCAGAUGUAGAUGCAGAGAAGAUGAGUUUGGAGCCUGAUAGUGUCUCCUUCAUGGACGCUUUAAUAACACAAGAGCAUUCCCAGGAUGACCUGCAGAAUGGUUUUAGCCCGUCCUCCAGGCUAGAGGACCAUUCAAACACUGUCGACGACCAGCAGAUGAGAGAAGGCAGAGAGAAAAGCGCAGCUAUUCAAGGGCCGGUCUGCCCCGUUGGGUCACAUAAGGCAGCUCUAUUAAAUGAAAUCUUGCAGACGGCAUACAGCGACACUUUCCUCCUCCCACACCUGAAGGAUCUCUGCCCACAACAUGUCCUUCUCUUCCUUCAGUACCUGCAUUUCCUCUACCUGCGUUAUUCCCAAGAUACUUUACCACAGGCGCACAGCUUGAGAGCACCAAGUCUUCAACAGAUAAUGGACUGGAUUUGCAUGAUGCUGGACGCGCAUUUUACGGUGCUGGUGAUGACUCCAGAAGCUAAAGGUUUUCUGCUGAACCUCCACGGUUUUGUUCGGUCUCAGGUGAAGCUGUUCUCUGAACUUGGAAAGAUAGAGGGCAGUCUUCAGGAACUACAGAAGAUGAAGCAGAAGCAAGAUGUCAGACAAUACUCAAUCGAAGUCAUUGAGAUAUUUUAGAAAGUAUGCAAAGAAAUGUUUUGGUGAACUGUAAAUUCCAGUGUUUUACAUUCAAUUGAUUCAAGGCUAUAGUUGUCUGGAUGGGCUUGACCUACUGUUUUGCUGUUUGACCCGCUAAAUGAAAAAACACUGCCAAUUUAAGUGUCCAUGGAAGAGUUUGAAGAUGGUAAAAAUUGUUUGAUUCACAGUUCACUCACAGGCUGGAUUUGUUUCUUGUAGAAAACAUCUGCAAAUUGUCACCUGCAAAGUGACAUUUCACGCGACAAUGAAUAGCAUUGUCCAAUUCUGACCGCAAAUCUGUUUUUAACUAAAAACUUUUUAUUGUAAAUUAUGUUUUGGAUAUAAAUGUAUUAAAAGUAAAAGUUCA